CGGAGGGCAGUGGCGCAAGCGGGAGGGGCGGGACAGGGCCCGGGUCCGGGUCCCGCCCGUCCUUUCAGCGGUUUGGCGGCGGGAGAGGACCAGGAGAGCAUGUACCCAUCGGGUGGGGCUGUGGGGUUACCUCGUCUAUAAAUCAUAGAAUCAUAAAGAAUCAUGAUCAUCCAGUUCAACCGUCCACCCAGCGCUACCACUGUAACCCCUAAACCACUAAACCAUAUCACCCAGCGCCAGAUCCAGGCGCCUCUUGAACACUUCCAGGGAUGGUGACUCGACCACCUACCUCCUUGGAAGAGCCUCUGUAGGGAACAGAGCAAACCCGAUGCUGUGCCCCGCAGACAUCGUUAGCAUGCGACAGCCAGCCUAUUGCAGUCCGGGGAGCAGCAGCAGUGCCUCCACGUCUUUGCUGACUGACCUCACAGCUCCUUCCUAUUUCAAGUACCGCACAGGAACAGAACUUCGUAUUGUCUUCAGCAUAAAGAUAGGGUGCCUCAAGCUACUGGAUCUGGAGAUCACCUUGGAGUUCUCACCAUUGAACAGGAAAAACAGGUGUUGCAAGCAUUUCCUUCUUUCCUUGAAGAGAAAAAUGAGCUGGGGAUUCCUACAGGAUCUGCUAGUGAAUAAAUACUCAACAGGAGUUGGAAGAAUUUGGGUAGCUGUUGUGUUCAUGUUCCGCUUACUGGUUUAUGUUGCAGCCGCAGAAAACAUCUGGAAAUAUGAACGUGAUGAAUUUGAAUGCGAUAUCAAACAGCCUGGUUGUGAAAAUGUCUGCUUUGACCAUUUUUUCCCUGUCUCCCACAUCAGACUUUGGGCUUUGCAAUUAAUCAUGGUCUCCACCCCUUCACUCUUAGUUGUUUUUCAUGUUGCUUACAGAGAGAACAGAGAGAAACGCCACAACCAGAAGCUUUACAGAAAACCAGGAGAGAUAGAUGGUGGGUUGCUGUACACUUACCUAAUCAGCCUCAUUUUAAAAAUAGGAUUUGAAAUGGUUUUUCUUGUUCUGUUUUAUAAAUUGUACAAUGGAUUCAAAAUACCACAUCUUGUGAAAUGUGACAUAAGACCAUGUCCCAGUAGCGUAGACUGCUAUAUUUCCAAACCCACAGAGAUGAUGAUUUUCCUCUCUUUUCUGGUGGCAACUUCAUGCCUGUGCAUCAUAUUAAAUCUAAGUGAAUUGAGUUAUCUCAUUUUCAAAUACUCUCUAAAAUGUUAUCUGAAGAGAUACGUGAAGAAACAGCAAGGCUCCAAAAACAAUUGUCGCAAAUCAGAAAUCACUGGUUACAACAGAGCAGCACCUGCAGGACAAUUCCCCAAUAGCUCCUCAUCUUUGCCUCUGAAUAUAUGAGAUGAACAUGAAAAAUGUUCCCCAUUGACUUGAAAGAAGGCUGGAGACCCCCCUCCCAUUACACAAGCUGCUUUUGACAAAUUGCUUUUCCAAUCAGUGCUUUAUGGAACUGAAAGGAUAGUUACAGAGGAAAUACUGUUUCUCUACUAGUUCCCCAUUACUCCAGCUGAUAAAUUCAGUUACAUUAUAUAUGUCAUACAUAAAAUCAUCGAGAUCUUUUCAUGUUGAAACAAGAAGUGUAGAAGUCUGAGAAUUCCAUGACGUUUUAAUAUAAACACAGAUGCUUAUGAUAAAUCAUGUGAAACAAUUGCUCACAGUUGUGUAUUGAAUAUUGCACAGAAUUGCUUUGGUACAAGCAAAAAAGAGGCUUUUAAUAUGCAGAGGUGGAAGAACUUGGGAUUGAUUAAGAAACUGAACAAUAAGAGAAUGUACAGCAUUUGUCAGGUGGGUGGAUCUGAUGACUGUUGCAACAGCAAUAGGAAAGUGCUGGUGUUUGAAGAGAACUAUAUAGUUGCACGCCCAUUCCACCAGACUAGAAAACAUAUCAAAACCAGAAAAAAACAAGAAGAGGUAGACACAUCUAUUUUAGCCCAUGGUGAUAAAGACAGACUUGCUUUUUUAGCUGUUUAUGGAGCACCUCCUUCUGAAAGCAUCUGAGCCCUUUACAAUUUUAAGGGUAUUAAUCAUCAGAACGCAUCCUCUAAGAAAUGGCACUUGCUCAAACUUGUGCAAGCAGCACCAAGCAGCUCCCGAGUCAUUAGACUUGUCUUCUGCUUUGUGGCUGUGACAUUUAAAAGAAAGGAUCAUUCCCAGUUCUGCAGGAGUGAGUAGAGAAAUGCAGACCACACAGUAUGGCAGAACAGUAGCCAGUAGUCCCUAGUAUUGAGUAGCCUGGAAUCUGGUCCCUUAAGUAAGGCUGAAAAUACUGUUGCUCUUUCCUUCAGUAGAUUUCUCUGCUGUAGAACACAUGAAAUCAAAAAAUAUGAAAAAUCUCCAGUAGAAACAAAGUAAAAAAGAAUCAUCUAUUCCCUCCCCCCCAAGUUUCAGAGUAUCUCUUAAAUACCACACACUUCUGCUCUGUUAUGUGUAUCAUUUGGGAUAACAGGAAAGGGAUAGAAAUUAGCUAAGACAUGUCUUCUGUUGAACCUAGACAUUCGAGACAACAGAAACUAGUACCUAAAAAAACUUAUUUCAGGGUGGUGUGCUCUUUCUGUUGCUGGAAUGAAAGACCUUUGAACAGAUAUCAGUACUGAGCCUGAUCAAAAUGCACCCUUUAGCAUUACAUUUAUGAGUAGUGGGGUAGCAGUUACAGAAUUAACUUUAAGAACUAGUGAAUAAGCUAUGUGCUUUUUGACUGUGA